AUGUGUCACGGUCACCCAAGAUGGCACCCUUGUUCUCAUACUUCUAUUAACUGGCACUACUGUCCAGCUGCCCUAAUCGACCUUGAGACUGGUGUGGAGACGCCCUGUACUCACCUUAGUUAUGCAGCUGCACAGUCUAGCAAUUCCGAUUGCCCACUUCUCAAUUGUCAGUUCAAGGCUAUGGGCGGGAACUGGACAUGCUGCCAAUGCGGCCAAGGGCCGAACACGCAAGGCUGGUGUACCAUGCCAAAGCAACCACAAGACAUUAAUGGGAUGUUCACGGAAGAAGUCAAAACGUGCGACCAUGGCUGCUGUUCAGAAUGUGAACGAUAUUGUAUGACGUGUGUGGAAACCUCUGAUAUGACUUUCGGCGAACUCCGUAAGGGGACAGCAAGUCGCAAGUUUGGGUACAGUUCAGCGAUUCGUUCACACAGGCGAGGUUCGGCCUUGUCCAACAUUAGUGGGUUACUCGCCAUGGACGAGGAGGCUGAGGCAUCAUCACCAUUGACCUCAGACUCUUCUCCUCAGAGUAGCGUGUCCUACAAAUCAUCUGCCACUAGCACUACCUCGUACAAUUCGACAGUAUCAUCAACUAGGGAUUCGUUGUACAAAACCGGUUUCGAACAUAACCCAAAGAGACUCAAGUUGUCCUCUGAGAAGCUCAGGAAACAUAAGUCUGCGCUUAGGGCACAAUAG